GGUGGCAAGGGGAAGGAGGAGGCCACCACCAGGCUUGAGCCAUGGACUUGCUGCAGAGGGUGGAGAUUCCCAGCCAGGGCACCGAAGGCUACCACGUCCUGUGAGUGCAAGAAAAUUCACCAGAAUACAGAGCUGGGCUGGAGCCAUUCUUUGAUUUUAUUGUUUCUAUUAAUGGUUCAAGACUAAAUCAGGACAAUGACACCAUCAAGGACCUGUUGAAAGCAAACAUGGAGAAGCCUGUCAAGAUGCUGGUCUACAUCAGCAAGAUGCUGGAGCUCAGGGAGAAAUCAGUGACUCCCAGCCACAUGUGGGGUGGGCAGAGCCUUCUAGGGGUUAGCAUUCAUUUUUGCAUCUUUGACAGUGCCAAUAAAAACAUUUGGCAUGUGCUGGAAGUUGAAUCAAAUUCUCCUGCUGCACUGGCAGGUCUUAGAUCUCACAGCAACUACAUAAUUGGAGCAGAUACUGUCAUGAACAAGUCUGAAGACUUAUUUUCCCUUAUCAAGACACAUCAGGGCAAACCAUUAAAACUUUAUGUGUACAACAUAGAUACAGAUAAUUUGGUAAUUGUUUUUACCCCGAACUCCUCGUGGGGCAGAGAAGGAACCCUAGGCUGUGACAUUGGUUAUAGAUACCUGCACCGAAUACCAAUACGUCGAUUUGAAGAGGGAAAGAAAAUUUCUCUCCUAGGACAAUUGUCUAAUACAGGGGUAAUUGGCAGCCUGCCUGUCACAAAUGUGCUCAGUACAGAUGUUCCUACAGUACCAUUGUUGCGACCCCCAGUAAGUCAGACUCCAGUGCCACCCAUUAACCCAGCAACUAUUUUACCAGGACUGAUGCCUUUAACGGCAGGGCUUCCCAAUCUGGGUAAUAUCCCAAACCUUAAUUUGCCCGCCCCACACUUAAUUCCUGGUCCCAAAUUAAUAGGCAUCGGGCAUCCUGGUUUGCUGCCACUUCCUUCUUUGCCACCUCUAAAUCUCUCCAGAAUAGCACCUCUGUUGCCUGAAUUCCUGGCACAAUUUCCAUUGGUCACAGAAGUCUGCCCAUCUGCCCACCUAUUUGCCUCCACUGCCCUGAUGGGGAGCGUACCUACCAAUCCUGGCACUACUGUAAGUGUGGAACAGACAUCUACAUUCACCCUCGAUACUACACCAAGCCCUCCAGCUGCCAAGGCGCUUGCUCCUGAAGAGAGGGGAGAUGAAGCCGCCACGCUUAAUGAAAAUGCAGCUCCACUGAUGACAGAGCCAGCCUCAACUGAAUCAUCGUAACUCACAACAACUGAAUUGGGCUUUGCUGUAUUUAUUCAGUGGCAGAAUAAAUAUCUAAAAUUGCAAGCUAGCUUGAAUUUCUUGCAAGGCUUGUAUUUUGCGAUAAGGAUUCCUCUAAAUAUGUUCUGGGUGACAUCAUUAAAGAAGGCCUGAGAUUUUUACAAUGUACUUGGUGUGGGGAGGGGGCAAGUGCUUAUAUUAAGAAAUAAAAA